AGACUUGGCUCCGUGCUAAGUAUCUGCAGUGCUGCCUGAAAGACUGGGAGAUGACAAUAGGGAGAAUGGAGAAUGUGGAGGUCUUCACUUCUGAAGGCAAAGGCAGGAGUCUGAAGGCCACGAAGGAGUUCUGGGCUGCGGAUAUCAUAUUUGCUGAGCGGGCUUAUUCUGCAGUGGUUUUUGACAGCCUCAUUAACUUCGUAUGCCACACCUGCUUCAAGAGGCAGGAGAAGCUCCACCGCUGCGGGCAGUGCAAGUUUGCCCAUUACUGUGACCGCACCUGCCAGAAGGAUGCUUGGCUGAACCACAAGAACGAGUGCAUGGCCGUCAAGAGAUACGGGAAGGCACCCAAUGAGAACAUCAGGCUUGCUGCACGCAUCAUGUGGCGAGUGGAGAGAGAGGGCACUGGGCUCACAGAUGGCUGCCUGAUCUCUGUGGAUGACCUGCAGAACCAUGUGGCACACUUCGGGGAGGAGGAGAAGAAGGAGCUGCAGCUGGAUGUGGACGUUUUCUUGCAGUACUGGCCACCCCAGAGCCAGCAGUUCAGCAUUCAGUACAUCUCGAACAUCUUUGGCGUGAUUAAUUGCAACGGUUUCACACUCAGUGAUCAGAGAGGCCUGCAGGCAGUGGGUGUGGGCAUCUUCCCCAAUUUGGGCCUGGUGAACCAUGACUGUUGGCCUAACUGCACUGUCAUAUUUAACAAUGGCAAUCAUGAGGCAGUGAAAUCCAUGUUUCACACUCAGAUGAGAAUUGAGCUCCGGGCCCUGGGCAAGAUCUCAGAAGGAGAGGAGCUGACAGUGUCUUAUAUUGACUUCCUUAACGUCAGCGAAGAACGCAAGAAGCAGCUGAAGAAACAGUAUUACUUUGACUGCACGUGUGAGCACUGCCAGAAAGGGCUGAAGGAUGACCUCUUCCUCGGGGUGAAGGACGACCCGAAGGUUGUGAAAUUAUGCCGGGAGUGCCUGCAGAAGCAGGAGGAAGUGUUUGCGGACACCAAUAUCUACAUGCUUCGGAUGCUGAGCAUUGUUUCAGAGGUCCUCUCUUACCUCCAGGCGUUUGAGGAGGCNCAUAUAAGAAAGGUUGGUUUUAAGUGUUAUGAGUUUUUCGUAUGCCCCUACAGGAAGCUCUACCACCCCAACAAUGCCCAACUGGGCAUGGCUGUGAUGCGGGCAGGAUUGACCAACUGGCAUGCUGGUAACAUUGAGGUGGGGCAUGGGAUGAUCUGCAAAGCCUAUGCCAUUCUCCUGGUGACACAUGGACCCUCCCACCCAAUCACCAAGGACUUAGAGGCCAUGCGGGUGCAGACAGAGAUGGAGCUGCGCCUUUUCCGCCAGAACGAGUUCAUGUACCACAAGAUGCGCGAGGCUGCCCUGAACAACCAGCCCAUGCAGGUCAUGGCCGAGCCCAGCAACGAGCCAGCCCCGGCUCUGUUCCAUAAGAAGCAAUGAGACCUGGCGUGUGUGGAGGGCGCCGUGGCUGGGGAAUUGGGGAGAUAUUCUGGAGGCAUUGGGUUUCUGGGAAGACCCUUGAUGAAGAAGUCCGAGGAAUGCUCAACCUUGUUGCUAUGGGAAUGUACUGUUCUGUGUUCCCCAGUGUCAUUUUGGUUCAUUUUAACUCAGUUCAGUUCAAUUUAACUCAUUGUGCCGCUCAGCUCAUACUAAAAAUGUUUAUUGGGUGGUAGCCCCUAGCGAUCAAGAAGCUCCAAAAGUAGCUGGGUGGGCAAAACAUAAACAAAGCGCUGUGUAAUAAUAAAUGCAGUGGUAAACUAUAUGGAGAGAGGGGGUGCAGUAGAGCGUGCAGUGUGUGUGUGUGUCUAUGUGUAUGGAGUAUCAUGGAGGGGAUGACAUCUGAACUGAGGGUGGCACGUGCCUGGAGAGUCUUAGAUGGCUGCUCACCCAUCUGUGCAAGUGUCUCUGGGGCUGCUGGUCUCACCCAUGGUCUGGAAUAGUCAGGAUUUGGCUGACUAGGAUGGGGGAUGUCCACUUUCCUCAGGCAGGUGUGGAGUUAUGAAAAGGGGCCUGUGUUUGGGCCAUUUAGGUUUUAUGCAGAGGAGUGAAACCUCUUCAGAAUGGUGCAUAUACAGGAAUAGACAGAACAGGAGCCCCUCUCCUUCUCCAAAGCUAAACUCCCCGCCUGUGCUCUGGACGCCUUCCCCUCCUUUUCCCCCGGGGCCUUGUUUCACCUAUUACUCCUUCUUCACCCUGGAUCCUUGACAUUUCUCUGUCCACUGACUUCUUCAGUGCAGUCAAUAAACAUGCUGGGGACUCUUCAAUCAUAAUCUUCACAGCUGAGUAUUUUUUUUAAAGGAUUUGUCUCUUAUAGGCAUUAGCUUCUUUUCUCCACUUUCCAUUUCUUCCUGAAACCGCUGCAGGUUGGCUUCUGUACUCCACUAAAAUAGCUCCGACCAAGGUCAACUCUAGUGGGUACUUUUCAGUCCUUACAUUAUUUGGCCUCUCUGCAUCAGUUGAUACUCCCAGCACUUGAUUUCUGGAACACCACUUCCUUGUGAGGAUCCAAGACUGUUUCUCAGUCUUCUCUGUCCCUGUUGGUCUUUCCUGUAGUUGGUUUUGUUCAUUCUGGUCACCCUUGGUUUAUCGUUAUCUCAGUCUGCAUACACUCCCUGCAUGAGCUCAGCAGCCCCUUUAUUUUUGCUCUCCACCUUGAGUCUGAUAUUCUUAAAUCCAGCCUUACUUUUGAGCUCCAGCCCCACCCACCCUCUUGAACAUUCUGCAGGUGCAUUAAACUCAGCAUAUCCAAAAUGAAAUUUAUUCUCUUUCCUUUCUCACCCCCCCCCCCCCCCCCCCCCCCCCCCGCUCACACACACAUUUGUCCUUCCUCAGCACAUCACCUGAUAACUGACUUCUACUUCUGUUUCAUCCCAGGCUUCAGUCAAACCUUCUCUCUCAUGGAUCCCUGAGUGACCCAUCUUCUCCCGUGCCUCUCGUUGAGUUUUCUAUCUAAAAUACGCAAAACCUGCCAAUUUCUAUCCAUUUUUCAGCAUCCAUUUUGGAAAUCACCCCAUCUGUGAAGGCUCCCCUGAAUGCCUUAGAUUCAGCUGGCUGCCUGUCUGAGUAUCUCACAUUACCCUUGAAUCUCACAUCAUAACUCUCUCCUCAUGGCAUUAUAAUUGCCUUUAUACUUGUUUUCCCUCCAUCAGAUUGUGAGCUCCCAGGGAGCAGGAGCUGUGUCUUCUUAUUCAUCUUUCUAUCCCCAGGAACUAGCACAAGUCCUGAAACAUAGUAGGUGCUCACUUAAUGUGUAUUGAAUGAAUGAAUGAAUACAUGAAUGAAUUUGCCUAUCUCAGAGCAGAAGAGACAUGCAACUGUGUAUUUUGAAUUUUUAUUAAUAUGUUAUAGCAGUCAACAAAGGCCAUUAAAUCCAUUGUUUCCAUACAAAUAUAUGUUUCUUUCUUCCUUUCUUUCUUUCUUUCUUUCUUUCUUUCUUUCUUUCUUUCUUUCUUUCUUUCUUUCUACAAUCUAUUUAGAGUAGCACUGUCUAACAGAGCUUUCUGUGAUGAUGGAAAUGUAUUACACGUAUAUCUGUAUUGUCCAAUAUAGUAGCCGCUAGUGGCAUAUGACUAUUAAACAGUUGAAAUAUG